AAAUCCAUUCAUAAAUAAGACAUUUGAGGCAUAGUUACAUUGAAUAAAUAAUUUCAGGACACAAAUGUGUUAACGUUUUUAGCGAACAAUUGCAAGAAACUCCCAGCAAAAAAAAUAGUUUACAUCCUAGUCAGCGCAUUCGACUCGGCGACGUUGAGAGCAAAAGUGACUUCCGACUAGUGACCCCCCUUCUGCAGCUAUGGUUAUGACUUUAUCUGCGUUUCACCAGGAAGCUGCUUAGUUCAUUCUGUGUUCAGAACAUUUGUCUACAGAACCUCCUGUUCGCUUUAUUACAUCCACUGAACGGGAUUGUCGUUCAUGUGUAGCCAAGUCUAGUCUAAUUCCGUUUGAAAAAAGCGGAUAAUUUGUGUUAAUGUCUGCCGCCGCCUCCAUCUUUCCGGUUUUACUGAAAGUAAGUGAAACCGAGGACUGAAAUACCAAUGGAACGGUGAGAGUUAUGAUGGCAGCUAAAGAAGAGCUUUACACCAAAGUCACCCCGCGGAGGCAGCGCCAGAAUCGAUCGGGCACUGUAAAACAUGGGUCAAGUCUGGACGUGCUGCUGUCCAUGGGAUUCCCCAAGACCAGGGCGCUAAAAGCUCUGGUGUCUACGGGAGGCAAAAAUGUGCAGGCAGCCUGUGAUUGGUUGUUCUCUCAUGUGGACGACCCAUUUCUGGACGACCCUCUCCCCAGGGAGUAUGUGUUGUACCUGCGCCCCAGCGGCCCCCUGCUCCACCAGCUCAGCACUUUCUGGCAGCAGUCACGGGUCACCUGCGGCAAGAACAAAGCCCACAACAUCUUCCCUCACAUCACCCUCUGCCAGUUCUUCAUGUGUGCGGACGGUAAGGUGGAGGCACUGAGUGAGGCCCUACAGGCUACAGUGGGGUCAUGGAGGGGUCGUUUCCCUAACCCUCUCCCCCUGGAGCUCUACACCUCCUCCAACUUCAUAGGCCUCUUUGUGGAGGAGCAGGUGGCAGAAGUGCUCAAGGACUUUGCCGCUGACUUUGCCACGGAGGCGGCUACUAAAGCAGAUGUGCACGUGGAGCCCCAUAAGAAGCAGCUCCAUGUGACCCUGGCCUACCACUUCCAGACCAAUCACCUGGCUGCCUUGGAGAAGCUGGCCAAGGGAGUGGACGUGUCGCUGGGCUGCGAUUGGCUGGCUGUGCUCUUCUCCCGGGACAUCCGAUUUGCCAACCACGAGACGCUGCGUGUGAUGUACCCAUACGUGCCCCAGAACGAGGACGAGCUAGAGCUGGCUCCUGGCGACUUUAUCUUCAUGACCCCCGUGGAGCAGAGUAGUGCCAGCGAGGGCUGGGUCUAUGGCACCUCUCUGGGCACUGGGCUACCUGGACUGCUUCCUGAGAACUAUGUCAGGCGGGCAGAUGAGUGUGACACCUGGGUCUUCCAUGGAUCUCACUCUUUCAGCAACCCAGCCUCCCCGUCCAACACUGGGGGUGCAGUGGGCGGCCUGUUAUUUGAUGGACAGCUGGACGGACGUUUUCUUGACGACCCUGGAGAUCCAUCCAGCCUCACUGUCCUCUGUCCACCUGUCCAGAUGCUGAGGCCCACCACUCAGUCAUGUCUUCCCAAGAGGAGUCUGUUUGUGUGUCGCCAUGGUGAGAGGAUGGAUGUAGUGUUUGGGAAACACUGGAUCACUCAGUGCUUUGAUGCUAAAGGCCGAUAUGUUCGCUCCAACCUCAACAUGCCGUCUAGUUUGCCAACAAGAAGUGGAGGCUUCCGAGACUACGACAAAGACUGUCCAAUCACAGUAUUCGGCUCCACUCAGGCCCGCCUUGUGGGUGAAGCCCUGUUGGAGAGCCAAGCGGUGAUAGAUUUUGUGUACUGUUCUCCCUCGCUGCGCUGUGUCCAGACUGCCCACAACAUCCUCAGAGGCCUGCAGCAGGAGGGGAAGACUAAGAUCCGUAUAGAGCCUGGUCUGUUUGAGUGGACCAAGUGGGUGUCUGGCACCUCUCUUCCUGCCUGGAUCCCUCCCACUGACAUGGCUGCUGCUAGCCUGAGUGUGGACACAACCUACAGACCUCAUAUUCCCAUCAGCAAGCUUGGCGUGUCAGAGUCCUAUGACGCCUACAUCAGCCGGAGCUUCCAGGUCACCAGGGAGAUUCUGACAGAGUGCAAAAACCUGGGAAACACUGUGCUGAUCGUGGCCCAUGCUUCCUCCCUGGAGGCAUGUACUCGCCAGAUGCAGGGCCUCAGCCCACAGAACGCCAAGGACUUUGUACAAGUGGUCAGGAAGAUUCCUUACCUAGGUUUCUGUGCGGCUGAGGAGAUGGGGGAGACAGGGGUGUGGCAGCUGGUGGACCCGCCCAUCCUUCCAUUAACCCACGGGCCCAAUCACAGCUUCAAUUGGAGGGAGACGCUACAGCAGGACUGAGGAAUUCCUGCCCCCACCUCCCAGCAGCCCAGAGAGACACUGCUGCGCUAAGACGGAUGCAGCCAACGCAAAGCUAACAUUUCCUCUGCUAUCUAACUAGCGCGGUAAACACACACACACACACACACACACACACACACACACACCGCUAUCAAAACCAGACCAAAAAUGCCCCGCCUUCCAUCGCAUAUGCUGUGUAAACACACUCAUUGAAUGAGUCUAUAUACACUGAGGGUACAAAACAUUAGGAAUGAGUUGAACAGCCUCAAUUCGUUGGGGUGUGGACAUAUUGAAAGCGUUCCACAGGGAUGCUGGCCCAUGUUGAUUCCUAUGCUUCCCACAGUUGUCAAGUUGGCUGGAUGUUCUUUGGCUGGUGGACCAAUUGUUGAUACACACGGCAAACUAUUGAGCAUGAAAAACCCAGCAGUGUUGCAGUUCUUUACACACUCAAACCGGUGCGCCUGGCACUUGCUACCAUACCUCGUUCAAAGGCACUUCAAUAUUUUGUCUUGCCCAUUCACCGUCUGAAUGGCACACAUACAUAAUCCAUGUCUCAAGGCUUAAAAAUCCUUCUUUAACCUGUGUCCUCCCCUUCGUCUACACUGAUUGAAGUGGAUUUAACAGGUGUCCUCAAUAAAGGAUCAUAACUUUCACCUGGAUUCACCUGGUCAGUUUGUCAUGGAAAGAGCAGGUGUUCCUAAUAUGUUGUACAAUCAGUGUAUAUUGCAGCAUUGAGAUCUAUAUAAAGAAUACCGUUCUAAAGUUUGGGGUCACUUAGAAAUGUCGGUGUUUUUUAAAGAAAAGCACAUUUUUUCCCCAUUAAAAUAUCAUCAGAUUGAUCAGAAAUAUAGUGUGGACCUUGUUAAUGUUGUAAAUGACUAUUGUAGCUGGAAACGGCAGAUUUUUUUUAAUGGAAUAUCUACAUAGGCAUACAGAGGCUAUUAUCAGCAACCAUCACUUCUGUGUUCCAAUGGCAUGUUGUGUUAGCUAAUCCAAGUUUAUCAUUUUAAAAGGCUAAUUGAUCAUUAGAAACCCCUUUUGCAAUUAUGUUAGCACAGCUGAACACUGUUGUUCUGAUUUAAAGAAGCAAUAAAAUUGGCCGCCUUUAGACUAGUUGAGUAUCUGGAGCAUCAGUAUUUUUGGGUUUGAUUACAGGCUCAAAAUGGCCUGAAACAAAGAACUUUCUUCUGAAACCCGUCAGUCUAUUCUUGUUCUGAGAAAUGAAGGCUAUUCGAUGUGAGAAAUUGACAAGAAACUGAAGAUCUCGUACAAUGCUGUGUACUACUCCCUUCACAGAACCGCACCAACUGGCUCUAACCAGAAUAGAAAGAGGAGUGGGAGGUCCCGGUGUACAACUGAGCAAGUAGACAAGUAUAUUAGAGUGUCUAGUUUGAGAAACAGACGCCUCAAAAGUCCUCAACUGGCAGCUUCAUUAAAUGGUACCCGCAACGUCAACAGUGAAGAGGCGACUCCGGGAUGCUAGCCUUCUAGCAGAGUUACCUCUGUCCAGUGUCUGUGUUCUUUUGCCCAGUCUUAAGCAUUUAUUUUGAUUGUCCACUCUGACAUAUGGCCUUUUCUUUGCAACUCUGCCUGGAAGACCAGCAUCCCGGAGUCGCCUCUUCACUGUUGACGUUGAGACAAUAGUCAUUUAACACAUUAACAAUGUCUACACUGUAUUUCUGAUCAAUUUGAUGUUAUAGUAUAUUUUGAACGGUAGUGUAUAUUGUAGAAUAUAUUGAUAUGUAUUGAAGAUGUAUGCUUUAAUGCACUAUUUGUGAAUGAGGAGGUGUGUGUAUUGGUCAGAGCACAAAGGACAGGAGCAGGGCAGCAAAAUCUCCAAGUUGCCCUUUCCCCUCCCUUCCCUAUGCCUCACUGAAUGGGGAGGAGAGAGCUUCAUGAAAACGUGUCAUAUUUCUGAGCCGUUGUUGAUGGCUAACAAACUUAGGUUGGGUCGUGUCAUGAGAAGGGGAUGUUUCAGAGAGUGCUGCCUGGGAUCUUCUACCCAGCCGACGCUUUGGUGCCACCUUUUUAAAAAAUAAACAUGGCUGCUUUCUCAUACACUGUGACGAGAAGAGACCUGCACAAGAAACCCCUUGUCUGCUAGAAUCUUCCAUGGCUCUGAAAAUGUGACGUUCAAUGUACUCAGUCAUUUCACCCGCUGCAUAAACCCUCCUCAAAAAGCACAAAUCUAGGCCUGAAUCUUGACAAUCAGAUGAGAGCUUUAGGGUCGAGUUGGCUAGUUCAACCCUCCAACCAUCCCUCAGCAACUCCAACCUAGCCGUAAACGCUUUGUUUAAAGACGUUUGUUUGGAAAGGGUUAAACAUUCAAGCUUUUAACAUUUGUUUGUUUUUGUCUUUUACAUUUGUGCAGCGCACAUCCUGUUAAAUGACAAGAGUGUUCGUGUUUGUUAGCACAACUAAGAAAAUGACAUGCAGGUAUGUCCAAAUAAUGAAGGCAGAGGGACGAUGUCAUGAGCAGUUUUACAUAUCAACCAGUGCCAUGUGUUUUGGGACAGCUAGCUACUGCACAUGAGACACCUAGGAUGUAGCCAACCAACCAAACUACUCUUGCUGUCUGAAUUAUGAUUUUUCUUAUCAAGGUGAAACCGAAAUGGAGAUGGUUGACAGUCAUCACAGAUGUCUUGAGAAGAAGCAUUCGAUCCUAAUGAUCCUUCUCAGAACCUGUUAUAAGCAGUGUUGUGUUAAAAAGCACCAGCAUAUUUUCACUUUUUUUUCCUUCAAUGUAUGUAUGCUUUCCUUUUCCUUUAUAUAGUGACCUAUGAGUGGAGACCUGGCAAAUGUGCAAUGUAACCCACACACCCCCCCCACUCCUCCGCCCCAAACGUCACCUUUGCUCAAAACCACAGACUAAACAGUACAUUAAAACCAUCAACAUUGAGAUGCUUCCUCUGGAAGGACUUAUUAUUCAUCUAUUGCCAAUAUCAAUAUGUUCAAAUAUGUCUUCAUUUGAGGCCAACUGUGUUUCGGUCUCCCCGCAAAGCUAUACACAGUAAUAACCUGUUUCUUUCACAACCUGAUAAACGUCAUUAGUAACCCCAUCUACAGUAUAACAAAGCAUUGCGCUUGCAAAAACAUGGCUGCAAACACAAUAUGCUGGCAGAAGUGGGAAAGCGUGAUCUUAGAAAUUAAAACAAUGCUUCUGUCACGCCCCCCCCCUCUCUCGCUUCUGUCUCUUCCUCGCUCUCACUGUUUUUCUCUCUCUCCCUCACUGUUUUUCUCUCUCUCCCCUCUUUACUGUGCUCUAUGCCAUGUCUUUGCACAGAGCACAGAAAGCUCUUCUCAGGACUCUCCCAUUGUCUGUGUUUAGCCAGUGAUAUGUUUGCUAGAUUAGAAAGUUAUUUGAAUAUGUUGAAAGAUUGGAUAUUUAAGUUGUUUAUUUUAAAUGUAUGUGAUUGCCUAUAUGAACCGGGGCAUCACUAUUAUUGAAAAAAGGAUAUAAUGAUAUGGUUGUCAAAUGUAUGUACAAUAUAUACAACAGCCUUCAAAUGAUAAUGUAUGAAACCAUUCAUUUAUAUUGUUGUAAAGGAGCGAAUGCUUUAAUGAAUGAGUGAAGAAAAUGUAUUAUUGGUUAAAGAAGUUACAGAUCAAUUUUUUCUGCGCUGAGUUAAUUCCCUUUACUUGGUUUUGCAACUUCACUUUACCCUCACACUGUUUCGUCCAUCCUACUUGAGUUGGCAGUACUCCAUCUAUUGAAGUCGUCAGUACUCGACACAGUCUAGUCUUCCCACAUUACCGUUAACUUGUUUUGUUGUUAUUUUAAUGGUAAGAAAACUAUUAUUAAUAAUAACCUCUGCGCUGAGCCAGACUGCUCUCACUAUUUCCACAAGUGCUCUCCGUGCAAAAAGGGGAAAUAAAACAAGCUCACAAACUAUACAUGAAAAAAAAAAAAAAAUCCUGUUAAAAUGUUGUAUUUAUUGUUUUAAGAUGUGUGCAUUACACAGUGUUCCAGAAGGUUGUGUAUUAUAUUUUGUUGCAAAUGACUGCCUCUGUAAUGAUAAAGGAUUGUGAAAAUUAUAGUGAUCAUGAACUGCUUAAGAAAUAUACAAAUGAUUUGCAAAUAAAUGUUUUAUCUGCA